AUGGCGCCAGCGCCGCCCACGCCGCGCGAAUGGCUAAUCACUUCGAUACUGUUGCUGGUCAUACUCUACUACUCGAAUAGCCGUGUCCACGACUAUUUUAUUCCAGCCCCUCAACCACACACGCCACGUCCACCACACUCCAUCGACACGCUCAAACAGAACACGCAGUCAUAUGAUGCUCGACUGACAUGGGGUUCCAAGUCAGCCCCAGAGAGUCAAGUUCUCUCACACGUCCCAGGAUGGUCCAUUAUCGACAAACUCUACAUCUCUAACGGCACGGUAUAUAUUGUCUCUGACGAUCCAGACGCGGUACCAGACCGUGACAAUAUGUACUCGAAGGGCGUUGAUAUCUUGCCUGGUAAAGAGGCUGAAGAGUCGCGUCUGCCGUCCGACAAUGACAUCCAAAUAAUCACCACUGCUGCAGCAAGAAAGCUUUUUGGAACUGGGGCAUAUCUGGUGGAUGGUGUCACUUUCCUUGUCAACGAUCCUCCGCAAUUUGUGAGGCACUACUACCACUGGACGGCUGAAUUGAUUUUCGGAUUCUGGAGGACCUAUUCGUCGUUGGACCCCUCCAUUCAGAAAGAAGGCAAUACCUCACUUCCCCAGCCAAGACAUAUGUGGUUCAACCGUCUUGACGCUUUUCGCUGGCGUGAUCCAACAAAUAUGAACCAGCUUGUCGUCCGCUCCAUUUUUCCAGACGUAACCAUGGAGUUUCUCGACGACUGGGAUGACCGGACCAAAAUGGGUGCACCGUUUGUUUUCGAAAGGGUGGUUCUCGCCGACCGCUCAUCCGCCAUGCGUGCCUAUAACUACCAGCGAUAUCAACGGACAGCUGCCGUCCCCUUUGGCCUGCCUGGAAGCGUUUACUGGUGGCAAACACUUCGCAACAAUGUCGUGCAGUUUGCGGGCAUGGACUGGCGCGACGGCAGUUCAACGAACGACAAGCCGGUUAUCACUUACAUCUCGCGGCAGGCAUGGGGAAGGCGUAUACUCCUCAAAGAAGACCACGAACGUCUCGUCAAAGAGCUAUACCGUCUACGCGAUGCACAUGGUUGGGAAGUCAAUGUCGUUCUCAUGGAGAAACUGGACAGAGCUGAGCAAAUACGUCUUGCUGUUCGGACAACGAUAAUGAUGGGUGUACAUGGCAAUGGGUUGACCAACCUCAUUUGGAUGCAGCCGACACCCCGCACGACGGUUAUGGAGUUCUUUUAUCCCGGAGGAUUCGCCCAUGACUACGAGUUCACUGCUAGAUCUCUGGGCAUCACCCACUACGGCUUCUGGGGCUCUUCGUCUUUCACGAGUCCCAACCUUCCUCUAAACGCUUACCCCGACGGGUUCCAAGGGAGCUCAAUUCCCAUUGAUGCAGAGGCUGUUGGGCGUCUUUGCCACGACAGACUGACGUUGUCGUUCGAGGUCGACGACUAG